UGUCGACCGAAACUUGGGGAUUUUUCUUCGCCCGUAUCUUCAGCUUUAGAGCUCGCCUCAACCGGGAAAACAGGAAUUAAUCAACGUCGUCAACGUGCAGCCAGUUGGAGGAUUUGUUGCCCGGCCGCGGCGUCGCGUCCUUCCGCGCCCUCAGAAGGAAGUGAAUGAGGUGAAGGGUGUCGAUGACCUUGUGUCACGAGUGCAUCGGACUCUCUUCUUCUCUGCCACUGGUUGAUGAGCUAUGGACCGUCCUGGGCGCUCAGAGGAGCGCGUUCAUCGCCCACGAAUGACCAUCGCCGACACAGUCGAACAUGCGCCUGGAAAGGAUCAAAAUCGGGGUCACGUCGACCGGAAUUGGAGACAUCUUCCACGGUCAAUUCCAUCGCAUUUAUCGCUGUUUUUAAUUGUAUUCGUUUUAUUCCUCUUGAUAGGCCCAAGUGCUGGCGCCUUCAUUACUUUCGACAACUGCCUGAACCCCAAUAUUCAAAAUUCGGACCAACUUCAAUUUGUCCCGCUUCACGUCUAUGCCAGUUUCAACCGCAGCGCCCCAAGCCACCACCUUAAUUUCACUGUAUACGGCAACGUUACCGGUCUAGCCAACACAGACCAGAAAUAUCCUGCUCCGAACGAUCCUCAAUGGAAUAAUCCAAAUGACACUGUUGGGAAAAUUGUUGACCUGAGCGUGUCAAACAAUAAAUAUUCGACAUUGUUUGCAGAGUUUAGAAUGCUCAGUUAUAUGCCAUAUCAGGCAAAGCCAUCCAAGUUUUGCGAUUCCGUUGUCAGAGGACAAUGCCCUCUCGGGCCAGCUUUCUAUGCCAACACGAGCGAUCCGCUGGAAUUGAGAGCAAUCUCUGUUGCGCAUGACUUUUACUCCUCUUUUGCCUUCACAACCCUUAUUCCGACCUUACGAGCGACGUCGGGAGAUGCGUCGAACGCUGUUUUAACUUGCAUCUCAGCAAACAUUACACCUGCGCUUGGUGCUUCUCUGUCUAACCUGUUACGGUUCCUUCCACUCGUGGUGUUAAUAUUGGUUGGCAUUGCCACAGCAUUUGCUGCUAUCUGGAGCCCUUGGGGUUCGACAGAUUUAUUCCGCUGGACAAGCAAUUAUGGAAGAGAUGCUGACCUUCUACGGCUUGUCACCCCUGGAUUUGGCGAUUGCCUCCAAUAUAUCCAGUUCGUGGUACUUACAGGAGGAUUAAGCCUCAGUUACCCUGGGUACUACCAGCCUGUGAUAAGCCAAGUCAGCUGGUCAACGCUGAUGUUCAAUGAAAGUUUUGUCAGCCACGGAAACGGCACACAGAGCAUUGUCGAUGGCAUAUACGUCUAUAACAGUACAUAUGGGCUCGAUCGUCUAAGUCAGCUGGUUGGCAUGACCUCGGUCGAGGACAUCUGGGCCGGAAUGGUCAUUUGGCUUCUUGUUAUUCUUGCUUCCAUGAUUGUGCUCAUUCAACUGUGGUUCAUGCUGCGUUGGUGUCUAAGGCUCUUAUCAAAUGCACAUGAGGAAGAUCUCCGGAGAAAAAAUCUGCCCUUGACGGUGGGCAAUGUCAUUCGUAUUGUCUUCAAUUAUUUCCUCCUUCCCAUUGUCUCAUUAUCAAUGUUUCAGCUUGUCGUCUCAACAAAAUCGCCGGCUUAUACGGUAGCCUUGGCUGCUCUUCUCAUUCUGGCAUUGGUUGGUUUCGCCGGCUGGUUGCUUUACUUAAUUGCUCGGACCAGACCGCGUUCAUACCUCUUCGACGAUUUGCCAACGGUCUUGCUCUACGGUCCGCUUUAUAACACGUACUCAGACGACAAAGCGCCAUUUGCAUUGAUUCCCGUUCUCCUUACAUUCAUUCGGGGAAUCGCUAUUGGCGCCAUACAACCUUCUGGUAUAGCCCAGUUGGUACUCUUAGCCAUUUGCGAAGUCAUCUUCAUAUUGACAUUACACGCUUUUCGACCCUUUCACUCCCCAACAUCUAUGAAUGCUUAUCACACCUUUUUUGCAGUCAUUCGGUUGGUAGCGACUCUCUUAAGUGUCGCCUUUGUGCCUUCGCUGGGUGUAACUGAAGGCCCAAAAGGAUGGAUAGGCUAUGUUAUCCUCUUGAUCCACGCCAUCGUUUUGGUCUUUUGCUUUUGCCUGAACGCAGUGCAGACCCUGGUCGAAGUUGGAGCAAGGGUAGCGGGCGCUGGCGGUGAAGAAGGCGUGGGCGGUGGUGUCGCUAGAGGCGGCCUUGUCAAGGUCUUUGGCAUGCGUCAACUGUCCAGAAGACUGCCACGUCAUGAAGCUGUCCGUCACAGUAGCAUGACGUCCGACGCCGAUAUCCUUGGCCCUGACCGCACAAGUAAAUCCUUCCAAAUGAAUGAGACACGUACUCGCAGUCUGUCUGGAAGCUCAGCUAUGUUGCUUAAGCGGCCGGCUAUCAUUGAUGGCACUGGCACUGGCUAUGAUAUGGUGAGCCCUCCUGGUGCGAGUCACAGUCACACAGGAAGCGGAAGUGCACCAUAUACACCCAGUACGCCGGGCGCCGGAAGCACAUUUUCAAGCUUACCGAGCGCGAAUGUGACUGCAGGUCCUUCAACUCGAGGUGUUGGCCUGGCUCUGAAAACUGGAGAGAACUCGGAUCCCUAUUAUAGGCCCCCAAGGAUGAGACGACCAACCCUCGAAGCUUACUCACCCGGGGCUCGCAGUAGAGGAUCUUGGGCAAGUGGCGACUGGGCAAACAAAACCUGGGGCAUGACCGAUCCCGAUGCUGCGGAUGUUGUAGACAACUUUGAGGGCCCAUCAGUCUCCGGCAGAGGGACCCCUGUGCCUGCCUAUCUUGGCUCACAGAGAGAUCCUCCGGACCCGCUAGCUACUGACUCCAGGCGGCCGCGUACUGAUUAUGCCGUCAGGGAAGUUGACUUCUAUUAUGGAGUUCGCGGUCCGGCUUUGUCAAAUCAGCCGACGCGUAGGUUGAAGACUGGACCAGCCGACCCAACUGGUCCAGUGUCGUCGGCGGCAGGUUGGUUCAAGAGGCUCAUUGGAGGCAAGACGAAGGACAAAGCGAAAGGCUUUGAAGUCGUCAGAAGCUCUAGGGCCCCACCUGUAAUGGAGCCUCCUAGCCCACAGAGUCUUCAUGAUGCCGAUGUGGCAGAGGACUCGGAGCCGUAUCGAGACAACCCGUCAGUUUUACCGACCGUCGGCGCGGAAGCACAUGGGACUACAGCUCUCGAUGAUGGAUCAGUUUCGCCAAUUGAAGAUGAUGGGGAGCCAGGAUCAGAAGAGCGCUCUCCUCUUGUCUCUGAUGACGAUGCUGUCAGUAGCUUAGGUCCCGAUGAACAUUUUGCGAAUGAUGAUGCUCCACAUCCCGAGACAGUGUCAAAUUUGCCCCCUUCGUUACCCACAAUCGAGACGGGUGCCGGGAUCAAUCUUCCAACCCGCGCAGGGUCAAAAGCGAGCUCUCGAUUCUCCGGCAGAAGCCCGCCCUCUGUCCCACGCAAGAGUUCACGACGCCAUUCAGCUGGCCGGUUUCCCACGUCUACUGAUCCAAAUUCUACAAACCGCCUCUCGACAAUUGAAAUUUCACCUCCGCCUUCACCUGAAAUGGUUCAUCGCAGCGGCUCAACUUCAGAGCCACCGGAGCAAUCUCAUAAUCUACGGCCAUCUACAGCGUCGUCUGGGCACCUUCCUUUCGGCUCGGAGCCGUCAUCCGCAAGCGGAAGACGCUUCUCAGCUGGCGGAGAUUCUACGGCUUCAAGUAUGCUUGCUGCAAGGCGAAGCUUAAGCGCUGCAGAUGAAGCAACUCGCGUCGACCGACCCGGCGCAGAACUACAUCAUGCCAGUCUUCAUCGCUUAGCUCCUCACACCCAAUCUGACCGGCCAACCAGUAUGGGAUAUGUUCAGCAGCAUCGAACAAAUGUGCACAUGAUUGCGCCAGGAUAUCAACCUCAUGUAGGCAGUACCGCUGAAGUGGUGGAUAUGCCGAAGAGGAGGAGUAUGAGCUCGGAUGGAAAGGGCCGAGGAACGUCCGAAGGUGUCGGCUCAUGAUCUUGACUUAAUGAAAUAUUCAUAUGGCUUUAAAAGUUGGGCUUGAGCUAUUAUAUUCUGCAUCUAUAUUUCCUACUGACUUUUAAUUUAAAUUCCUGUACUUUCAAACUUCUAUUUUUGAUCUUUCG